AUGGGAUGCCGCCUGACGAGAACGGAGUCAACCGAAUUAUGCGAGCAGACAACGACAAAGGAAGACGAGAAACAAGGAAAUGUGUCGAAUGGACAGCCCAAGGCGGCGCGAAAGGACACACCGAUUGUUGGAAACGAGCAGCUCAGGGUUGGCUUUAUUUAUCAUUUCGGUAAAUCGGAAAACCCCGGCGAUGAGGUAAUUUACACUGCCUUGGAUAUGGAUGGACAUUGUGAAAGGUAUAUGCUCAUUCAAGUUGACCCUUUUAGGAACGGCUAUUCACCAAACAGCAGUUUGACGGCGAAACCCAUUGGCAAUUGGCGAGGCUCAUUUACAUGUGAUGGGAACGUCUUCGACAUUAGUCACAACUCGCAUACUAUCGAUUUCAACGAUUACUUUCAGAGAAGUCGAAAGCGCGAGUCAAGCGGAUUUCUUCCGGAUGUUGGAUGCUAA